CGGGUCUUGCGGUAGGAAAAAGCGCCAACUUCUGCCUGCGCCGUCCGAAUUGUGAAAUACUAUUUCGACGGGUUCACGUUUUGGGAGAACAAAAUGAAAGAGAAUACCCUCAAAGUAGCUGAAAUGAAGCAGUAAGUGAGGUGCGCUGUUGCCACUCAAAUCGUGAGGGAUGCCAGGUCUACAGGGUGCAAACGUUGGGACGGCCCCCGGGAGCCCCGUCAAGAAAAGUAGACUGUCUCUCAGGUUUUUCCAGAAGAAAGAAGCCAAACGAGUGCUGGACUUUUCUGAGCCUCCGGCAGAUGACGAAUGUAAAACAGAACCUGAAGAUCCCAUGGCAAGUGAUCAAGUUGUGCCCGGCCCUACUCCCUGCCCAGCCUCCCCUGGCCCUCUCCUGACAUGUGAGAAGAGAGAGAACUUGAUGCCAUUUGUGGGACUCAACAACUUGGGCAACACCUGCUAUCUAAACAGUAUUUUACAGGUGUUGUACUACUGUCCAGGGCUCAGAGAUGGCCUCAAGAAACUGUACAGCCUGUCCAAAACAAAAGACAAGCCAAAGGAAGAAACUGCUAAAAGUGAUGUGGAGCAAGCAGAAAGCACAGAGGAGGCCUUACCAGCUCACAUGGAGCUGCUUGGGAGCUUCAACAGCCUGAUAACAUCGGUGGAGCAGCUCCAGUCGAGCUUCCUGCUCAACCCUGACAAAUACAGCGAAGGAGAACUGGCCACACCACCUCGCAAAAUACUGCACACACUCAGGCAGCUGAACCCCAUGUAUGAAGGCUACCUCCAGCAUGAUGCCCAGGAGGUGCUGCAGUGCAUCCUGGGAUAUAUCCAAGAUGCCUGCAUCACCAUCAGGAAGGAGCAGCAAGAAGAGAGGAAUAUACCCGAAGUCAAAUCGGAGAAUGUCAGCAAUGUGGAUCCCAUUGGUUCUUCAACUGAAACCAAAACUCCCACUGAGGAAGACUGCCAAGUCAGCGGCAAGCGAAAGAGUGACACUGAGGCAGGAAAUCCCAAAAAGAAGCCAAAAUCUGUCAAGUCCAAGAAAUAUGAUGUUGGUGGGGACAGUGGUAAUGAAAAUAAACCAUUCACACGCUCCAAGAGGAAGUCCUCGAGUGACAUCACCACAGACAGCACGCAGGAUGAAGAGGAAGAUGGAACAAUGAGACAGAAUGGCAAGAAAGAAGGAGGGGGUGGGGGGGAGGGGAAAGGUGAGAAGGAACUUAAGGUGGAUGUGGAGGACAAGAAGAAGAAAAGGGCCAGGCUUAGCUGGCUGAAGCCUUCUGUGAAGCAGCCCAGUAUCUUCUCUAAGUUCCACAGCAUGGGGAAGAUCAGCUCUACCAGUGGAACUAAAAACCAGGGCAAACUAGACACGGAGAAUGAACUGAACAAGAAUCAAACUCAGAAUGGGAAAAACAUCCAAGAGCCUGCCGCACAGAACGUGGUUGACGACAAGAAUCAAUGGGCAGCGAAGAGUCAAGAGGGUCUGGACCUGAUGGAGCGGUUGUUUCAGGGAUGUCUGGUUCUGAGGACACGCUGUCUAGAGUGUGAGAGCUACACAGAGAGGAGGGAGGACUUUCAAGACAUCAGUGUCCCAGUCCAGGAGGACCAACCCAGCAGCCCAGAUAACCUCUCUGAGGUCUCACCAGAUCCGAAAUCAGAGUUGAAGACUCUUAAAUGGGCCAUCUCCCAGUUUGCUUCAGUGGAGCGCAUUGUUGGGGAAGAUAAGUACUUCUGUGAGACGUGCCACCAUUACACAGAGGCUGAGAGGAGUCUUCUGUUUGACAAAACUCCUGAAGUCAUCACCAUUCACCUCAAGUGCUUCUCUGCCAACGGUUUGGAACUGGACCCAUAUGCUGGCCUGUCAAAGGUGAACACUCCCUUACAGACCCCCCUAACUCUCUCCCUAGAGGAGUGGUGCACACGGCCUUCGUCUAGUGAGGGGAGAAACUACCAGCUUUUUGCCGUGGUCAUGCACAGCGGUGUCACCAUCAGUAGUGGUCAUUACACCACCUACAUUCGCAUGUCGGAUCUGAAAGAUGUAAGGCUCUGGCCAUGGGACAAAAAAGGACAAGAGGAGACAAGGGAAGGUGGUGGGGUGACACAGCAGAAAGAGGAGGUGCUGAGGUAUGACGACGGGGAGGUGUCUUUCAGCAUUGGCGAAAGGGGACAGAACAGAGCAGACGCUAACUGCAGUUCAGCCUGUGGCAUUGCCAGCAAAGCAGGGGGCAAAAAGUUGUCUGAGGUUGGAGUGGGGCUCCUAGGGGGCCAAAGGAGUGUAUCGAGUUAUGAGCUCUCAAACAGCAGCAAACAGGCAGACAAACCAAACAGCAGCGGGGUGACCGAGACUUCCAGGCACAGGAGAACAACCAGUAGCUUGGAGCCAAAAACAGAAACUGGGCUGAGAAAGGAGCCUGAGGCUGGAGAUUCAGUCAGCAACAAGGAAGUUUCAUCAACGGGCUGUGGCAGGACGGAGGCCACAGACCAGCAGGUGCUGAAUAGUCUCCUGCGGUAUGAGGGCAAAUGGUUGCUGUUUGAUGACUCUGAGGUGCGUUUGUUCGAAGAGGAAGAUUUUCUGAGAGCCUGCUCCCCUGAGACCUGCUCCACAUCCACUCCUUACCUGCUCUUCUACAGGAGAAUGCCUGGCCCUGGACACUAAGCCAGACACGGAGUACGCUGUUGACUUUGGGAGAUUUGUAGUGUGUGCUGAUCAGGCUGUCUGUCCACUGAACACCCGGAAAGGGCUGUGAAAUAUACCAAGCGAAGUGUUUGGGUAAGCUAAAUAAACUCAACUUAUUCAUUUUCAAAAAGGUUAAUAACAAAUACUGGCUGCCAUAUUAUCAUCUGUGUCAGAGAGACUGUUUUCUUCCUGGGACUUAAAUGUCAAGUCUUGACUUCUUGUGUGUCUUGCCUUCACCCAUCAAAAAAAUACUACUAUUCUUUGUGAUUUGGGGACCCACCCAAAACAUGCCCAUGGAGCCACUUAUGGAUGUCCAGAUCUGUGACUGGGAGAACGCAGCCUUCUGCUGCCUGUCCCAUUUCUUUUAAAUGGGCUUCAGUAUUCUGUCGCUGUCCAGAAUUCUUUUUGAAAUAUGUUUCAGGUUCUUUCUAAUAAAGAGGUUUAUCUCACCUUGAACAUUUUGGAUUCCUUUUCAGUUUGGAAAUGCAGUUUGGCACUCAUAACAUUUGAGAUGACAACCUAUGGCCAUUCCAUAUGCAAACAUGGAGGCGUAGUGGGUGUAGAUAGAAUUCGAUAUUCCCUGAUUUAGAAAAGAUAGAAGUAAGGAAAACACUCUGAACUCCUCUCCAGUCACAGGGCAGGGUAAAGAAUAUGACCUUUUUGGGGUUGAAGAACUUAAUAAGCUGUUGAAGGUGACAAAGUAGUUCCACAUGUAAAAAUCUUUUGUCAGAAAACAUUUUUGCUUGACUUCUGUCCAUUUCUGUCCCAACCUCUUGUCAAUAACUACCUUGCACUGAUCCACUCCAAUUUUAAGCGUGUGUGAUUAUAUAAAUAAGAACACAUUAAUCUUUGUACAUAUAUCGAGAAUGGAAUUUCUAUGG